CAACGUUGUUAUCGCCGUCAUAUUCAUUGACGGAGAAUGACACAAGUAGUCUCAUUGAAGGGGAAGAAAAGCCUAAAAAAAAAAUGAGUAAUUUGGAGAGAAUUGAAGCAGAUUUGGCUAGAGCACGAGAUGCGAUUCGUAAAGCAGUUCAGGCAAAGAAUCAUUCCAAGGGAAAUGAUGAUGAAGGGUUCAUUCCAACAGGAUCCAUCUACAGAAAUGCACAUUCUUUUCAUCAGAGCCACGUAGAGAUGGAGAAAAGAUUGAAGGUGUGGAUUUACAGGGAAGGAGAGCCUCCCUUGGUCCACGACGGGCCGUUGAACAACAUCUACGGCAUCGAAGGGCAGUUCAUCGACGAGAUGGAGAGCGGCAAGAGCCGCUUCAUGGCUCGUCAUCCUGAUGAGGCCAACCUGUUCCUCAUCCCUAUCAGUGUGGUCAACAUCGUCAACACUCUUUACAAUCCUCUUGUCACUUACUCCCGUGAUCAGCUACAAAGGGUGGUUUUGGAUUAUAUUGGCAUUAUAUCUGAAAGAUACCCUUACUGGAAUAGAAGCCAAGGUGCUGACCAUUUCUUAGUUUCUUGCCAUGAUUGGGCACCGGACAUUUCAGAAGCGAACCCUAAGCUCUACGACAAGUUCAUAAGAGUUUUAUGCAAUGCCAAUACCUCGGAAGGGUUUAAGCCCCAAAGAGAUGUCUCAAUUCCAGAAAUCAACAUACCCUAUGGAAAACUUGGUCCAACCCCACAGCGUGCAAGCCCUGAUAAGCGCUCCAUCCUCGCCUUCUUCGCUGGCGGUGCUCACGGUAACAUAAGGCAUAUCUUGCUCGAGCAUUGGAAAGACAAAGACAACGAAGUGCAAGUGCAUGAGUACCUUGACAAGAAGAAAAAUUACUUCAAGUUAAUGGGGAAGAGCAAGUUUUGCUUGUGCCCAAGUGGGUAUGAAGUGGCAAGUCCAAGGGUGGUCACAGCAAUUUCUGUGGGGUGUGUCCCUGUCCUCAUUUCUGACUACUAUGCAUUGCCCUUUAGUGAUGUUCUUGAUUGGACCAAAUUUUCCGUGUACAUUCCAUCAGAAAAAAUACCAGAAAUCAAGACAAUUUUGAAAGGAAUUUCCCCAAAAAGGUAUUUGAAACUGCAAAAGAGGGUGACAGAGGUGCACAGGCAUUUCAUGAUUCAUCGACCAGCUCAACCUUAUGAUAUGAUCCACAUGUUGCUUCACUCGGUUUGGCUGAGAAGGCUUGAUGUUUUGCUGCCAUCUUGAUUUCUCAUGUCCAUUGCUUGGAUCACAUCGGACCAGACACUAGUGUACUAUAUAUUCUUCCCAUUGUCAUAGCAAUAGGGUUUACAUAUGAUUCUUUUUUAGGUGUGUUUCUUCAAUUACCUAUUAUGAACUUGAAAUGAGUGGGCGCCUGUCACAUACACAUUGAAUUGAACCAAAAGGAAAAAGAAGAAGAAGAAGAAUGCAAUUAUA